AGCGGGAAAAAAGACAGCGGGGUUAAUCAGAUCAAUUCCCCUCACUCAUCAAGUCACUCUUUCUGCUUGUCUCCUGUUAGUCUUUCUCAAACCGCUGGGACUUCCGGUAUUAGUGUCACUGUUUACAUCCUCUUUUUUCCAGUCAUUCCGUCGCUUCCGCUGUAGCCAGACCUCCUGCCAGCGCCUUUCUUUUCGGGUUUAAAGAGCUGUCUGCAGCCAUUCGUCCCCAUACUUCGACAUGGCCGAGUCCUUGACGCCGAACUACCCCACAUCCUUGAGCACACUGUUCGACGAGACGUCGCUAAAUGGCCAGUAUGACCCGGUCCAGCUGGAAGAUGGCGGGGUAAAAGAUCUUCUUGGCCUCCCGCUGGCAAAGGAAAUCUUUGGGAACAAUACGGCAGAUGAGGGAUCGCUCGACCGUGUAUCCCGAGGAGAGAUCUCGUACACUCAGUUCGUGGCGGAGAAAACACAAGCGGUGGCCUCUGCGCCUGUCGAUGGGUUGAGUCCUGAACAGCAAAAGUCACAACUGCUCUACAUUGGUCUUGCUUCUCUUUUCGCCUUCUUACAGUCCAAUGUCACGGGCCCUCCACUUGAGUUCAGCCCCGCCGAGGUCAUUGUGCCUGCAGCAUUACGCUCGAGCAGCACUCUUCGUGCGCUUCGUGAUAAAGUCAUUCGGGAUCUCUCCGUGGAUGGUGAGGCGGCGUAUAAGCUCACGCCAAAUGUGGAGCUCUUUGCUGUUGCAAAGGCUAUUCUCGUUGAUGCGGAUGUUCUGGUUUUCAAUGGCCCGUUGGUAGCGAGAACCACGAGGAUGCGCGUCAACUUGCUCCACCAGAAGAUGCUCUCUGAGGUCACCAGCACGCUUCAGGAAGUCAUCUACAGCGAUUUGGAAGAGAUCAGCAAGAGUGUGUUAACUGACAAGACCCCCGGUUCGGAGAAGGGAAAGUUCUUACUAGAACGAGCUACGGUCCAUGUUCAUCACGGCUUCGAUGCGAAGGCCAGAGCUGAUCUUGAGCGGGCUGCCGCUGAGCGGAAGUUUGAGUUUGCCCUUACCGGUAGACUAGGAAAGCGGACAAAAUUCCAGGACCGUGACAUCAGUCAACUUGUUAUCCUGGCUAAGAGCGCAGAGGAUACAAGCAAGGCAAAUGAGUCCGAGAACGCCGUCAAGGCCAAUGGAGAUGCAGUUGCGCCGAAGAAGCUCGAUCUCAAUGACGACACUCUGUUGGAGGCUAUCUCUUUCACUAAACCGGAUGAAGAGCAGUCGCAAGGCAAGGCCGUAACGGUACAGGAUGAGUCUGCUCUCUCGCCAGCAUUGGCUUCUCUCGAUCCAGGAGAUCAGCCAAUGCUCGACCCCGUUGACUCCGCUAUCCUCCUGUCCUUGGCGGCAGCAAUAACCAACACAACGCCGGAGAACGGACUUACUCGAGAGGAGACUGCUCCCUAUGCUACCCGUGUCCUCGACGGUGGUAGCUCCAACUGGCAGAUCUACACUCAGGGUCUGCUUUUGCGAAGUCGGAUUGAGGGCUAUCGAUCUAGAACUGUGGAGAGGUCUGUUCUUCAAAUGCAAGCCCUGGUUGACCAAGUCCUUGCAGACACUGCUACACAAGACACACAAGUCAGUGAAACCUCGCAGGAGCCAUCCACCUUUCUUCCGAGACCUGAGAAAGAGGAGUCUGCAUCAGCUGCAGACAGACUCAAGUAUAUCUGGCUGUUGAGCUUCUCUACACGCUGGGACCUCGAAUCCGAGCUAGCCAAUCGAUGGGUCAACCUCGGUGGUCUACGGACUGCUCUUGAUAUCUACGAGCGUCUGCAACUGUGGGCGGAAGUCGCACUUUGCUACGCUGCUACGGAGAAAGAAGACAAGGCGAAGGUCGUCGUCCGCAGGCAACUCUACCAGCCAACCGGAGAAGACCCAGAUGCUGAAGAUGAGAAGUUCGAGGGUCCCGAGCUAUCGCCACUUCCGGCCGAUGCUCCCCGUCUAUUCUGUAUCUUGGGUGAUCUGGAAUCUAACCCCAACCUUUAUGACCGUGCCUGGGAAGUUUCGAACCGGCGAUAUGCCCGUGCCCAACGCUCGCUAGCCCGCCACUUCCUCACCCUCAAGCCCCCGGCUUUGAAGAAGGCAGCAGAAGCUUACCAAAAGAGUCUCCACAUCAAUCGCCUGAACCACGGUGCCUGGUUCGCCCUCGGCUGCGUUCAGCUCGAACUUCAACGCUGGGACGAAGCAAUCGAGUCUUUCACUCGAACCGUGCAACUCGAAGACACCGACGCCGAAGCAUGGAGUAACCUCGCCGCAGCCAUGCUUCGCACCUCCGAACCCUCAGAGUCCGACGAUACACAAGAACAGCAAGCACCACCCACCCCAGCAGCAGACGAAGAAGUCGAUGAAGAGCAAACGCAAAAGGCACCCGAAGACCCACACAAGCGCAAACGCGAAGCCAUCGCCGCCCUGCACCGCGCCGCGCAGCUGAAAAACACCGACUCCCGCAUCUGGGACAACCUCCUCACCGUCGCCGCCUCAAUCCCACCCCCCUACACCCCCUUCCGCGACGUCAUCACCGCCCAGCGAAAAGUCAUUGAACUCCUAGGCCCCAAAAAGGGCGAGAAGGCUAUCGAUCUGCCUAUCCUGGGGAUGCUUGUCGACCACCUCGUCACCGCUUACGACUACAACGACCUCCUCAUCGAGGUCGCGCCGGAGAGCGAGGGUGCGAAACCCGAGCGCGUCGUCCGCAGCGGUACAAUCCCCGGCUCUAUCCUCUCUCUCAUCGAGACGUCCAUCAUUCCGCUUAUCACGCACUCCGCUCCGCUGUGGCUCCUCAUCGCUACAGUCGAACGCUUCCGCGAGCGGCCCUCCAAAGCCCUCGAGGCGCAUGAGAAGGCGUGGCGCGCGACGGUUGCGUCGUCGACGCAAGGUGCUUUCCAAAUGGGUGACGAGAAGAGGUGGAUGGAUAUUGUUAGCGCGACGGAGAGGUUGGUGCGGAAUGGGUAUGCGAAGUAUGGGCCUAUGGAUCGGGAGGAUGCUGUGGCUGGGGCUGGAGAAGGCGGGGAGACAGAGCUCGUGGCGAAGGAUUGGAGAUUCAAGGCUAGGAGUGCUGUGAGGGGAAUCAUGGGGAAGGGCAAGGAGUUUUGGGAGGAUACAGAGGGGUGGGAGAGAUUAAAGAGUUUGCAAAGUGAGGUCGGUGGGAAAUAGACCCUCAACCCAAGUUUUGCACAUGAGCCAUUACCUGGUUGCCUCUUGUUUUGUUCCUUUGUGUUUUGGUUUCAUGUCUUUGGAAUAGAAAAAGCUUUGAUAUCCAUGUUAUGCAACGUCCCUGGAAAUUUCGACAGCAUGCUACGCUUCAAUCCAUCAUUCUGCAGUCCUAGAAUUCUCUAUAGGUGGUCAACGCCCCUCAAGCUUCCGUUUGAUCAUCCCACAGAAACUCUCAAACAAAACUGAAUCAGUCCCCUUGAGCCACCGCACUACAACACGCACAAUCUUGUCUUCAACGGGUUCCAUCUUCAACUGCAUCUUGAACCCCAGAGCUGCUUUGCGCUCUUCAAUCUCGGGUUUCUCAUGAGUACCGGACAGUUUUGCUUUCCUCCUGUAUUGGCGAGACCAGACGUUUUCGGGCGCGAAGCCUACACCCAUACCGAGGUUCCUCUUCCAGGUCCAGUUGAUAUGAAGUGCUGAUAGAUGUGUAUCAACGCUGGUACCAAUGCUAUCUAUGGAGCUAUUGGGCAGAUCGAAUGUGUAUUCCGAUGGGAAAGGGAGAAGUUGUCUCGGGAAGUUGGGUAUGCCGCGUGCCACAGCCUGAUAUGUAGUCAGAGAAUGAUAAGCAGUAAGAGAGAGAAACGGACGGUGCAUACCACAGUUGGGCGAAG